AUGUACACCAUAUCGGGCAAUACUAUCAUGAUAAACGACCCUGAACUACUUCGGGACAUAUUCAUCAAGGACUUUCACGUGUUUCCCGACCAUAUUAACAAUAUUUACUUUGGUAGUUCCCAUAUGAGCAAGGGCCUAUUUUUCCUAAAAGGUGGUGAUGAUUGGAAAAGGAUCCGGAAUAUAAUUACCCCGGCGUUUACAUCCGGAAAAUUACGGUCAAUGAUGGGACCCAUAUCCGACAUAACCAACCGGUUGGUGGAUAUGCUUGUGAAGUACGAAAGGACAGACUCGGAAAAGUCGGACAAAGACUUCGGAUACGACUCUAUCAGUGACGAUGACCCUAACGAUCCGACCACCGGACAGACCCCUACCACCAAAAUACCGGUCGGGAAACUAACGACCGAUGAAAUCGUGGCCCAAAGCACGCAGUUUUUCCUCGCCGGGUACGACACGUCCAGCGCCGCCCUAUCCAACGCCAUAUACUACUUGUCUGAGCACAAGGACUGUCAACAAAAACUGUUUGACGAGUUGGACGGUUGCGGCGAUUUGUCGGUCGAAAGUGUUUUGCAAUUAAAGUACUUGAAUGGUGUCGUCAAUGAGACCCUACGACUCGCUCCCUCAUUCGUACAGCUAUUCCGUACAUGCGUUAAGGACUAUAAGCUUGGUCAUACCGGGAUAACCCUACCCGCGGACACUGAUGUACUUAUCAGCCCCUAUGCUAUACAACGGGACCCUGAAUAUUGGCCUAACCCGGAUGCUUUCAUACCGGAGCGUUUCAUAGAUCCCAAACACCAUCCCUAUGCCUACGUAACCUUUGGUGCUGGACCUAGACUUGGUACCAGGGUUUAA